UUCCCCUGGAAAUCUGCUAGACCCCAAUCCCGCCGCACACGCUUGCUUCCUUCUUACACCCUUCUGUCUCGCCCGUCUCAUUCCCGCGAAAGAGUAACGAACGGUUCCCCUAAAAUCGCAUACGUCUCAUUCGUCGGACUCGUCUUACAGCGUCGCCCGGCGUCGCUCAAAGUCGCAAUGAGGGAGGUCUGCGACGGUGUGUUCAUCGGCAACCUGGCCGAUGCCACGUCAGCACGUAUGCUCGAGCGAGCGCACAUCACGCGCCUUCUCUCUCUCUGCCCAGUAGCACGUUCGUCUUCCAUUACUCCUUCCGUCACUGUCACACCUCCUCCUACCGAACCGGAAUCUACCGCGAAUUCCGCCGAGAUUCCCGCCGUAACGAACGCAACCGCAGGCGGUAAUCCACAAGCUGUAGAAACUAACCCUGGUGGGAUAGAAUGUGACAAUGUGAGGCGUGACUGUGACGAGCACGGUCGGCAAUGCCUGACCGUAGAUCUCCUCGACAUGGACGACGCGGAUCUGCUGGCGGCGCUGCCGAGCUGCCUGGCGUUUGUCGAGGAGAGCGUGGGACGCGGAGAGAAGGUGCUCGUGCACUGCCACGCUGGCGUGUCGCGAAGUGCCGCAGUGGUAACCGCUUACCUUAUGAAGCUGCACAGAUCUACGACUGAGGACGCUCUCAGACUGCUCCAGUCGAAGCACCCCCUCGCAUCCCCCAACAACGGCUUCCUCCAUCAGCUCCGCAUGUUCCACAGCAUGGGGUGGGCUGUCAACCCGCACCACUCCGACUACUCCCGCUUCAAGCUGCAGCUGCUGGCACGGAGAAUCACCGGCACGCUGCACCAGGGUGUGCCUGUUGGGGCUGCUACUAAUGGAGAUGCUUGUAGCGGGGAUGCGCAGCUACGGGAUGGGACGGGGCAAAACGGGGGAGUAGGUGCAGCAGGAGCAGGAGCAGGAGCAGCAGGAGCAGCACCAGCAGGAGCAGCAGGAGUAGCAGCAACGGCAGGAGCAGGGCCGUCGAACGAAGGAGCCAAAGUUCCCGCGGUCUAUCGCUGUCGAAAGUGCCGAAAGGUGGUGGCUGCUGCAGCCAACGUGCUCCCCCAUGCUCCCAAGCAACCUGUCAGCAGCCCUGCUGGUGCUGCUGGUGCUGCUGCUGGUGCUGCUGGUGCUGGUCCUAGUGCCACGGGUGCUGCUGCUGCUGCUGUGGCUGUGGCUGGAAAUGGCAGUGUUGGAGGAGGAGGGAGGUUUCGUGGGAAGGGCAAGGAGUGGGGGGAUGGCGCUGAGAGGGGCUGCACGUCUGUGUUUGUGGAACCACUUAAAUGGAUGGGCGAUGUGCAAAGCGGGCAGAUAGAAGGGAAGCUUUCUUGCUCUCAGUGCUCCACCCGCCUCGGCUAUUUCAACUGGUCGGGAGCACAGUGCAGCUGUGGGGAGUGGGUCACUCCGGCUUUCCAACUGCAUAAGAAAUGUGUGGACGAGUCCUGGCAGUGACUGUAAAGAGGGGCGCUGUUAACUGGCUAUGCGAUGCAGGGCAAGUAAGUCGCCGUGUCGGUGUAGGGAGUGGGUCACUUCAGCUGCAUACGAAGUGAGUGGAUGAAUCCUGGCAGUGAUUGUGAAGAGAGGCGCUGCUGACUGGCUGUGAGAUGGAGGGCGAGAAAUUCACGUAGUGCACCUGCGCGGGGUGGGUCAUUCUCGAGUUCAGCUGCAUGAGAAAUACUUGAAUGAAUCUUGGAAGUGACUACUGUAUUUCCCCAGAAAUAGACCCCGCCAUAGUAAAUCUGGGUUCCCUAC